AUGUGUCUCAAUGACAGGCGCAACAUGGAUGAAGAUGACAUCAGGCGCAGCUUUCGAUCCCACUCCGCACUUCGAGAACAGAGGAUCAGUUCAGACGACAUUGAACACGACAUCAGGAGUUACCUUGUCAAGACGUUUGAUAAUCAUCUUGAGAAGAACCCGAAUUUUGUACGAGAUCGCACCUUACGGGAGGAGAUCAUCAAAACUCUCGUCGAAAAUGCUAAGGGAAUCCAAUUACUCAACAUCGCGGAAAUGGGUGAUGAUUGGGACCCAGAUAAAACUAUCAAUGAUCCUUCAAAACUGAUAUCCGGCUGUGGUCACCUGCUCAGCACAACCAUUUCUGGGGGAAAUCAAUUCGUCGCUCUUACACACCAGACUGUUCAACAAUUUCUCACGUCUGACCCAAAUUCUCUCGAUACCACAACUCUCCCCCAGUAUCAUUGCUACCCACUUUGUGAUGCGUUCAUGGAAAGUGCACGAAUUUUUCUCAAAAGACAUCAGAUACGGGGUUGCCCAUACCUUCCUACAACGUGGAGAGGGGAAUGCGAAUUGGUCAAUCGUUGGAGAAGCAAUUCGGUUCUUGAAACAAGUUCCUCAGAUUUUCUGUCCACGGUGUUCAACGCCCCACUGAAGGAGAAUGCACGACCUGGGCCCUCACUUGUGUUUCCGAAUGCGACAGAUGUCAUAGCCAUAAACUGCCGCUUCAUCGACGUUGAGGACGAGUUUUACAUUUUGACCUCUUCACAACCAGCCGAAUUCUCGAGGGGUCCAUAUGUCUUGGAAGAUGUCUUUCCGCGACUUACCCAUUUCGAAAGCACUGAGUCUGAAUUUUGGAGUACUCCAUCUGCAGUCCAUUUACUGCAUGACCGACGAGCCACUACCAAGCCUGUGGGGUACCCCUUUCAAACGAGCGCAACCCACGUUAUUGUAAAGGAUAUCGACUUCAUUCAUGCAACAAACAGCAAUUGGACUAUUCGCCCCGGUGUCGAAACCAUUCCAGGGGUAGUGACCCUACCUGAACCCCAGACGAUCUACUUCUUCGCAAGCUUUAUCAAUCGCAAUGUCGAAAUCUGGUCGUCUGACUGCGCGUUUAAUGAGGUAACUGGUCAACUUACUUCUGUUGGAGAACCCGAUUGGAAAAGAAUUUUUCCGAAAUUACCUCCCCCUCAAGAACUUGCACGAGAUCCUGAUGAGUGUUCAACAGGAACAAGCAUCAGCGAGGAUUCAGUAGAUUAG